AUGUUUGUCCGCGUGUUCGGUCUUUUUGGGGAGAGCAUCCGCACCUGCGGCCUGCAGCUGUUUGCUUUGGAGGAAUAUGGCCCGCGCCGCUUCCCGAGUCGUGCAGGCGUGACCUACUCGGACACCGUCAGCGCCACGGCGGCGUGCAAGCCGUGCACCGAGUGGGACGAGGGGAGCGAGCAGUGCGAGGUGUGCAAGGUCUGUGAGGUGGGCUACGGCCUGGUGUUCCCGUGCGAGGACACGCAGGACACCAUCUGUGAGGAGUGCCCCGAGGGGACCUUCUCCGAUGAGGCCAACCACGUGGACCCCUGCCUGCCCUGCACCAUCUGCGAGGAGAACGAGGUGCUGGUCAAGGAAUGCACCCCUGUAUCGGAUGCCGAGUGCAGAGAGCUUCACCCGCGCUGGACACCUCAGACCCCGACCCUGAUGGGGUCUGACAGCCCCUCUCCUGUCACCAAAGACCCGUACAACACCGAAGGCAUCACCAGCACCCAGGCCGAUACCGUCACCACCGUCCUGGGCAGCUCCCAGCCAGUGGUGAGCCGCGGCACUGCCGAUAACCUCAUCCCGGUCUACUGCUCCAUCCUGGCCGCCGUGGUGGUGGGGCUGGGGGCCUACAUCGCUUUCAAAAGGCCCCUGCCUUGGGAAGCACUGCCCCUCCCCCCCGAUUCUGGGGCUGUCUGCGCCUUGCGCCCCCUCUCGCCCCGCCACCUAGUGACCCUGCUUUGCUCCUGCCCCUCCCGCGCAGCCCUGAAAGGCGAGGGGCACCCCUACGCCAGCCUGCCGCCGCCCAAGCAGGAGGAGGUGGAGAAGCUGCUGACCAGCUCCCCGGAGGACACCUGGCGGCACCUGGCGGGGGAGCUGGGCUACAAGGAGGAUCACAUAGACUCCUUCCGGCAGGAGGCGUGCCCCGCCCGCGCCCUGCUCGCCGACUGGGCCAGCAAGGACAGCGCCACCAUGGACGCCCUGUUCUCCGCCCUGCGCCGCAUCCAGCGGGGGGACAUCGUGGAGAGUCUGUACAGCGAGUCGACCGCGACGUCGCCGGUGUGAGGGGGGAGGGGCACCCCCUGCCGCCCCCCGGCGAGAAGUGAAGGAACCGGGGGCCCCCGCCGCGGGGCCCCGCCAUGUACGAACAAUCCCGUAGGCACCGACCUCGUCUUUCCAGUAUUGUCCCGAUUGCUACCCGCCUCGCCACGGCCGCCCACGCUCAGCGGGGGGCUGGCAGGGCGGACGGGCCGUGGCCCCUUCAGUCCCAGUGGGGCCGAGGAGCGCGACGGCGUGGGAGUGCCCCACGCGCCCCUCGGGCCCCGCCCCCACGCGCCCCACGGCUUGUCUCCGGUGGCUGAACAACGGCCGCAUUUGCGCUCUCAGGUCUCUCUCCCCCCUUUCGUUCUUUGUCUGCCUCGCCCCCCAAGAGCUUCCUCUGCCCCCCCUUCUGUUUGCCCCUUCGCUCCCCCUUUGGAUUGCACCUGCCCAGCCAGGCAGGACGACCCGGCUGAGAACGGGCUGCAGCUCGUGACUAACGCUGGACUGAAGAUGUUAUUGAGUGGGAUGGGGGGGCGGAGGGGUAUAAAUUAGAAGGAGCAAAGGGGGGGGUCUGUUGGUAGAAACACCCAUUGUCCCUCUGCUGGGGGGGUUGGCGCGGGCGGGGGGGCUUGGUUUCUAGCAGGCGCAAUCUACACUGUGAAUUGUGACGUGCCCUGCAUGUGCUGCAGAGCGUGGCCCAUUCGCCCCCGCGGGACGCGCCAUCCCCAGGCCUGGAAGAGUUCGCCUGGGCCAGGAGCAGCCGGGCUGCCUGACGCAGGAAAGCACCAGUCUAGUUACUUAGGGGGAAACCCGGCUUGCCCACCGUGGGGCUCAGCGGUCAACAGGCCCCGCGCUCUCCUGGCGGACGCCCCCUCGUCAGAGCUGCCCGGCGCCGGGUGAGGACCGCAAAGCGCUCACGAGGUGGGACGAAGCCCGUCGAGACCAGUCCUCGCCCAUCACGCCGCGGCUGCCGUGCCUCGCCCUUCCUCAAGCCAGACACACCGACGGGGGCCUUCCGGGGGGCGAGCCAGCCAAAGCGUGGAGAGCAGCCUCCGCGGGGAGCCUGGACCGCCCCAGCCGCUCCGUCCCAGGAAGCCGAGUCUUGAUUUUACGAACACCUGGGCCGACGGCCGCGCUGCCUCCUCCUCGCCCCGACAGCGCUCGGCUCUUGGCCACACUCCUUGCCGUAGGAGCUGAGGUGCUGGGCACGAGGCUCGGGGGGGAGGGAUUUGGACGUGCGCCCUGGGCCCGGCUGCCUUCGCGGCGUUAGCUGCGCCUCUGCCGAACCGGAAAGGCCCCUCGGCGACGCGAAGACCCAGGGAGUCGUGUGGCAGCCGCGGCAACGUCUCUAAAGGCACAAGGGGCGGGGGAGUGUUUUCCACGGGGGGUUCCCCGCGGUGGACGGGGGCUCGGGAGAAAGCUGGGCUGGGCUUCUGCUCUUAGUUCUGCCUGAGCAGGGGGCCUGGCCCUCCCUAGCGGUUCCUCCUUGGAAGAGGAUGCUUGAAAGCACCGACUCGGAAGACGGCCACGGCCACCCGCUGCAGGAUCCGGGCGCACCAGGGAUGUUUUCUAGGCGAGGGGCAGCCCAGGGUCGCUGGCUGGCAGGGGGCCACAAGGCAGGCAAGUGCCCACAGGGCCCCCUUUCUUAGAAGGCUCCAGGGUGACUCGAAGGAACCUCCCGUCCUUCACCGGAAGGGCUCCCGUAUCAGCCCCCCGCCAGCAGGAAGCCGAGGGAGCUAUGCCCAGUUCCCUGCCCAGUUCCCUCAGCAGACGCCUCCCAGCCCUGCAGCUCCCCCUUGCCCGAGUGGAAGUUUGACCUGAACCCCUCGGACUCCCGCUGUGGCCGGCAGGAGAACGGGAACGACUUUGCAGGAGCCAUAAUGCGACACCGGACAGUGCUGGGAAUCCUGCGUCACUCCAGAUGUGGGUGGGAGUGUCCUGCACCGCAGCAGGCCAGUGUCUGCAGACCACGCCACUGCGGGGGGCGGGGGGUCCAGCAGCUACAGACGAGGUGUCCCCCCUCCCCCCUGAGGCGUCAAGGAGGAAGAACUUGUAAGUUACCAAGACCGUGGAGCGAGGAAAAUACAAAAUGUGAAUGUGACUGUAGAACGUGGGACCUCUUGAAAUCAGCCCAACUGCAGAGAAAACGUGACUUCAACGUCUGGUCAGACCCGCGAGCGUCAGAAGACGGAGAUGGGAGGUCAUUCGUGGGUUUGCUUGGGAACGAUUUCCCCCUCCCAGGAAAGGUUUCGAGCUAUUGAAAAAUAUUCUCGUCCCAAAUUGAGAAGAAAAGUCCAACAGGCAGCGGUUUUUUGCACAUUGAAAAAUCCAGCAAAAAAAGUUCAGUCCAGGGCCAAACCUUUUAUUUCAAUCAUUCUGAAGCAUUUUCUUGUAACGUCGAGCACUUUUAAGGGCUUGUGAGGGGGUGGAUACUACAGUUAGCUUAAUGGCUAUGAGAAAAGUCACUGUAAACUGGACAACUGUGAUUUUUCAUUUGGAAAAUGUCAAAAUGAAAGACGAGUUUUGAAACCCGCCCUCCCCGUAUGCUGAGUAGAAAACUUUGUCAAAACUUAUCUGCAAAAAAGGGGUUUCUGUUUCCAAGACUCAGCCUUUUCCAAUGGGCAAAAAAGUUUCUUUGGAACAUGGCUGGCCAGCUGUGCUACUGAGCACAAGGAAACAUCGGGCUCCCAAUGUCUCCGGUUCUACAAGCUGACCCGGCCCUUGCAGAUCGCUGUUGGCUGGAAGCUAAUGAAGAAAUGUCACGGAACUGGGAGGAGACACACUCCCCUCACCCUGCUGCCUUUUACACCUCUGGUCUGGCCGCUUCCUGCCGACCCCGAGACAGCGUGUCCCCAGGAGAGGAUGUCUACGGGCUCUGAUUCCAACAGGCUCCAGCGGUGCUGACCUUGUCCCUGCAGAGGGAAAUCGGAGAGGCAGGCCUCCCUCAGCGGAGGAUGGCUGGCCGUGUAGUUAUCACCUCACUCCAGAGCUGCGGCGUGCCCCCCGCUCGGCCAGAUCCCUUGGUAUUGAAUGAGGAAGGGGGACCCCGACUGAGAGAACUAAGAAUUGUAAAUGCCACUGUCCGGUUUGACCCCUGCUAAGUGGAUCCCGAUGCUGAAAUGAAGGAGACCUUGGUUUGCUCCUCGAGGCUUCGGUUCAACGCUGCCUUAGCACGGCGUCGGGGGCGACCCGUUCCCGCACGAACCGUGUUAUACUUGGUGCCUUUCAGCCCCUGGGGCCUGCCUGGCGUGGCAACGCUCCGUUUGCCUGUGUCCCUGCGUGGCGGGUUGAGUUCAGGGGUUUUGUGACGAUCCCGGCCUGGAGACGAAGGGGAGGGCAAUGGGCUUUCGCACACGUUCUCUCCUGGAGGAGGACGUGCUGAGGCGGAAGGCCCUACGUAACUGACCAAAGCAGAGAGAUCCAGGGUGGAACCUCGGGCCUUUUUAAAGGGACAGGCUGAAACGUUCCGAGGUGCCCACGGCUGUGAGACGGCUCCCACGCCCCACUGGAAGUCAGUGGAAGUGGAGUACUUGACUCUCGUCGGUGCUUUGGAAAGCGCUGCCCAUUAUGCUGUAAAGGAAGGGGGGGGGUCUGCUAAGAGUUGGUUUUCUAGAAUGGAAUUGACAGAAGAGCUCAGCUCCCUUCAAACCUUCCAUUACUCUGGGGGUACAAGUCCCGUGAGCUCCCAGAGGGGUGGGCAUGUUAGUCUGUGUCUGCAAAACUUGUGGCACCUUAGCCCGGCUCUCCACAAGGGCGUUAUUUCGAAAUAACCCCCCUGCGGUCGAAUGUGUAAGCGGCGCGUCCACACGACCAAGCCCGUUCUUUCAAAAGAAGGGGCUUCUUAUUUCGAAAUCUGCACUUCUCCUUUCCUCGGGGGAGGACGCUAAUUUGAAAUAACGACUCCCCAGAGUAAUUGGAACUAAUCACUCCCCCAUGCUCCCUGGGGCUCUGCGUCGGGGCAGAGGGUCCAUAGUAAUAGAGCCUGCCUCGGAGUGAUCUCAAGGCUUCCCGUAGUUGGGACACGCUGUUUCGAUUUUGUAAAAUCGGGAGUUAUUAAGUCACGUUCCGUUAUUUCGAAAUAAUUUCCUAGUGUAGAUUUGCCCCUAGGGGUGAGCCAAUUUAUCAGGGCACAAGCAUUUGGUCAUUGCCCACAAAAGCUUGUGCCCAAAUAAAUCGGUUAGUCUCUAACGUGCUGCAGGACUCCUCUGUCCCUUAAAGUGCUUUGGAAAAUGCCACCCCCGUGGCCCUAGGAAGACAGGCAAUUCAAUAGCCUGAUUUACGAUUCAGGGCUCAGCAGCUCCCUAUGAGGUCAGUGUGAGACGAGCACCUCUGAAAAUCUGGCCACAUAAUUGGUUGUCAAAAUACGGCUUUAGGAGAGGAUCGUUUUGGCCUCUGCUUCUGAAAAGUUUUACCUGUGUAGUGUUAUAUUUUUUUAAGUUUUAGAAAACUUGAUGUGCGUAGAAAUGUCCCAGAUAUAUUAAGCAAAAAACCCACCAAAAAAAGACAAUGGAAAAAGGAGGGAUUCGAUCCAAACCUUCCUGCUUUGGUUUUAGAAAUGUAAACACAAUGGCCAAGGUUUUUAAAAGUCACCAGUGACUUCUGAUACUCAAGUGAAGACACCUGGAAAAGGGCUGAUUUUCAGAGGGCGGGUGCUGGACAUUUUCUGAAAAUCAGGCCCCUUUCAGGUAUACCCAGUUGCAAAAAUCUUGGCCCAAUGUGCUGGGCUAAUGCAUUAGACACAAAACAGGCAGCUUAGCCGUCUAGGUCAAACGGAGAGAAAUAUCAACAACUGAUGAAACAAUAAAAAAGUCCAGUUGAGUCAGAGAAAUUGUAUCUUUCAUAAUCAAUGAUGUUAUUAGCAACACAGACAAGGGCUUUCAAAUGUCACUCGAGACCUUAAUGCUCCUUUUUGUAUGCGGAAACGGAAGCAGGAUGUAAGAGAUCAGGGAUUCUUCACAGGGACUCAGUGGUGCUUAGAUAUUGUAUGUGAAGUAACAGCUUUAAUUUUUGAGUUGCCUUUUAUGAGGGGACAUUCUAGCUGCAACAUACUUGUGUUGUGUGUCAGCCAAAAAUGCCUCGCAGAGAACUCUGAAAAUGAAAUGCAGCCUCGGUUCAGUUCUGUAGGGCUGGUUGAAGGGUUUUGUUUCUUUAAAUCAUUUUGUUCCCACCAGAGAAUUAGGGUUUCAUCAAAAAUGAAAUUUAUCACAGGAAGAUUUUGUUUUUAAUAUCAUUUUAUUUUAUUUUUCAAAGGGAAAUUUCCGAACACAAAUAUUCAUUUGAGAGGACCAUUUGUGUUUCGGUUUUAACAAAUUGAAAAUUAGCAUGAGAAGGGAACAUUUUUAUUUGAAUUGGAAUGAAAUGAAAAUACUCUGCGGGUUUGUUUGUUUUUUAACAUUCCCUGCACAAAACAUCAGAACAAAACUUUUAUCUGAAGAUUUUCAACCAGCUCCAGUAGUUUGUGUUGUUUCCGUGUUUUAAGCACGUGGGAAAUUGGCAUGAAAACCGGAUUCUGUUGGGGGUUGGGAUGGGGAUUUGCAACGUACCCGCGGACAGUCAAUGGAGGAAUGUCUGUCACCAUUGUAUCUGAUCAUCCCCACUCUGUAAGCCAGGACCGUGCUAUUCCCAUUUUACAGAUGGGAAACACAGAUCCAGGGAGACUAAAUUACUGGUGUAAAAUAUGAAAGGACGUUUAUGGAAGAACUCCAGAGGCCCUUUGCUAUGAAGAGCGAUUUAGAUGUUCCGCUGCCUAAGGAAUACUCUGAGUUAAUGUUCAUCUGCCUUCUUACACAAGAAGUCACCCAGCACCACAAAGAGGGACUCGAUUAUAUUAUGUGAACUGUGAUGCCUCAAAGCCGACAACAGAAAAGAGGCCUCGUUAAUCACAGAUCCCCAGAUAACUCACGGCCCAUAAAUCCUGACGAGCCAUGGAGGAGAAACACCGAGUUCCUUCCGGGCUGGGUGAAAGGGUUCAUUUACAGCCAGGCUCUCAUUCACGCUUGUCCCUUGCAAGAGCAGCUUCACAUAAUGGCCCAGCUGCCUGCCAGAAUCCCCGGCAAGCCAGCGAAGGUCGUUUGCAGGGACCCCGGGGGCUCACGGCAGCUGUGCAGGGAGGGCCUGCCCCCCCCCAGAACAAGGGAGGACUCAGGGGUGUUGGGAGCAAGGUGCGGGAAGGAGGAAGGAUCCGGCAGGCCUGGCAGCAGGCGGGGGGCGUGGGAGGCUGGGGUCUCCAGGGGAAGAGGGGCGUUAAGUGCACGGGAUCAGGAAAGGGCUGGGAAGAGGAGCGGAGUCAGGCCAUGGGGGCCGUGGCUCUGUGGCAGGCAGGGGAAGGCAGAGACUGGUUCCAUGCAGCGUGGCCGUACCAACGGGCAUGGGAGGCCGGGCCCUUUGCUAGGAGGGAUUCAGCCAGAGAAGCAGCCUCCAUCUCGCCCUCUGCCUGCCCCGGCCCAGGGACCCAUGCAGGAGCUGGGGGUGGACACGCCAGGGCAGCCGUGGCUCAGUGGAGGAUGACUUCUUAAGCCCUGGGGAGCCCGCCUCCGUGCAAAUCUCUCUGUAGACAAGGAGCAACGACCCGUCCCCAGGAAGAGCCGGUUCCCCGAAGCUGCAAUGCCAAACCCACCGGCCCAGCCGCCCUGGUGCAAAUCCCAGAGAUGCCCAACGCCCUGCGUCCUGUCUGCACCCGGACCGUGCACUGGCUUCCUUCAAAUCCAUUUCAAAACCAACCCCCCGUCCCGCCACGGGGCCUCGCCGAGGCCUGGGCUGCGCUCUGACGUUAAAAUCGACUCGGCUACGGCAGCUGCAGCUCCCGCGGCCUAACUCUCCGUGCAGACGGCGGGUCAGUAAUCGCCUUCCCUGGGUCUAGCGCCUGCCCCGCGGAGAGGCGGGUUAGAACCCCUCCCCUCGGUACAGGAAGCGCUGCCGCAGAGCCUGUGCUGCCGUGGGGGCUGGCGUGUUGCAUUUACCGGAACCACGAAACUGCUACAGAUGGGAUUGAAGCAGGGGGAGAGUUGGGCUUCGCACCCCUUGAAUUAACCCAGUUUCCAGUCCCCUUUUCCUUUAACCGGGUACUACACAGUGUGUGCAGCCGGGAGCAAAACUCACGCUCGUACCUCCCGAGCAGAGUGCUCAGGUCUCAGGUCCUAGCUGCCUUGUGGGAAAAGCCCCUCGGUGCAUCCCAAGCAGAAGGGCUCAUGCAGCGCAGAGGGUAAGGACGCCUCCCGUUCCUGGUGCGAGUCAAAAAUAACGAGGAAAAAAUAAGCCAAAGUUAAUGAUCGUGGAGAUUUUUUGUUGCGUUUUAUAAUGUUUUGUUGUACAAAGACAGCACGUUCCUCUUGUUACUACCUGUUGUUAUCCCUCGGGUUUCUCUGUGAGACGAGAAAUGCCGAUCGAUUACAAAUUCUGACUGAAUAAAUAUUCCUGUAUCAGAAACAGCCGAUUAGUCCCUGGCUUUUGCCGGGCUCAGUGUCAGCGGCAUGCCGGGGAGUUCGGGUGGCUGGCUGACGUGGUUGUGUCAGCAUCAACAGGUUGUGUUUGUAUGUCCGUGAAUGAACUUGUGCUUGUGUGGGCCAUUAUCUGUGUGUAAUUUUCAGCCAUGAAUAAACAGCAUACAGCGCU